AUGAAUUCUAAUUCUCGAGAAAUACUCAGAUUCAAAAAUUCCGAAAUAUUUGAGUUUUGGUUGAGAAAUAAGAGGAAUGUAUCGAAUUACAUAAAAGGAAAAAUUCCAUACGAAAUUGAUUCUGAAUUAAGUAAAUUAAUUUGUACUAAAUCACGGAAUUUAUCUAUUUUUAUUAAACGACAAUGGGAUAGACAAUGCAGAAAUGAGAAAGGAUUUAGAAAAUAUAAUAAGGAUUGGUUGGGUCGAGAAACAAUUUUAUUUGUACCGAAAAAGAUCAAUGCUAUCGGUCGUCCAAAAACUACCUAUGUUGAUAGCGGCGAAAGAAAUAAAAGGAGAUUAGCUUCCGAAUUAGCUUCCCAACAAGGAGACAAUACGCAACUAUUAGUUCAUGCUGCCUCUAUAUCUGCCAAAAAAUCGCACUCAGCGGAUUUGACAUUUGUCCUACAACAAGUUGUUAUAUCUCUAAACCGACCAUCCAAAAUUCGAAAAGUUCUUAAUACUAGCCAUAAAGAAGUUACACCAAUAUCACCUGAAGAAGCUCUGACGUUUUUGUUAGAAAACGGAUUAACUAAACAACAGUACAAAAAUAUGCGUCAAUUAAAUAACCAGAUUAAGAAGUUGGAACCACUACAAUACAUAUUAAAACUGCUUUUACCUUCAACAUCUCAAGAAGCUUCCAGGUACGAUUAUACUUCUGAUUCUGAUGAAAGCUUAGAAUCGUUAAAUAAUUAUUCAUUGGAAUUAGAAGCGGAAGAAAAUGAAGAAACAUUCCGUGAUUAA